UAGUGGUGAACCGCCACCCCUAAGGAUGUGAGGCAACUUUGGACGAGUAAGCACACAGCACUCAGCCCCAUCCAGAGCCUCAGGCUUCACUUGUUCCGGACUAUUUCCUUGUUUUUCGACCGCUUGUCUUUUCUCUUCUGCCCUCGCUUCAUCCAGCAUUUAAGCCGCUUCAAAUGUUGCGUGUUGGUGCAGAUGACUGCUUUUUUAAACCUCAUUCAGUUCUGAAUCGGUAACGGGUUCUUCGGUAUCUCUUGUCUCUAACUGAAGAGCCUCCUUUGUUGAUCUCGCUUCCAAGUCCUCCAGCGCUUGGUGAAUAUACAACCACCACCCUGGACUAGAGCACCCUUUGCAGCUCGCAUUUCGCAUCACUUCCCAUUUACGGGGCUUGGCAGUUGCGCACUCAUUCUUUUCCCGUGGUCCACUCGCCAAGCGGCUUGUCAUCUCCCAGUUCACUUUACGACUGAGUACAGUCUGAACAACGCGAUCAUGAGAGGAUACGCCGCCGUGGCGUUCGGCGCGAUACUUGCUGGCGCCGUCCAUGCCUCUGCCGGCAAUGGUGUCGUCCAGUGGGACAUCCGGAGGACGCAGCGGCAAGAGGAGUUACAGAGACUAAACAGGAGACUACGCAAACGGGCAAAUCCCGUGCUGGAGGUCAUCACCAACGAGAAAAUCCGAGGAGGGUAUUUUGCAACUUGCAAGAUCGGGACGCCAGGGCAGGACUUGACGCUCCAGCUGGAUACUGGAAGUAGCGAUAUCUGGGUACCAGAUUCCGCCGCCCAGGUUUGUCGCGAGAUCGGCACCGAAGGGUGCGCUCUGGGAACUUUCAACCCCAACCGGUCUAGCUCGUUCGAGGUCAUUGGCGAGGGCCAGUUCGACAUCGAGUACGUGGACGGGAGCUCAUCGAAGGGCGACUACUUCACAGAUGUCUUUCAGAUUGGCGACAUCUCGGUGCAGAACAUGACCAUGGGGCUUGGUCUCCACACGGAUAUCGCAUACGGACUGGUUGGCGUCGGAUACGCCAUCAACGAGGCGAUUGUGGCCACAACACAAUCGCGCGAUUCGGUUUAUCCCAACCUUCCCGUGCAGAUGGUCGACCAAGGCCUCAUCAACACGGUCGCUUACAGCCUGUGGCUGAACGAUCUUGACGCGAGCUCGGGCAGCAUCUUGUUUGGUGGGAUCGACACCGAGAAGUACCAAGGAGAGCUGACGAGAAUCGACAUCUACCCUACCUCGCAGGGCGAUUUCUCGUCCUUUGUGGUGGCCCUGACGUCGCUAGAGGCCCGCAGCCCCAGCGGCCAGGACACCCUCACCUCGCAAGAGUUUCCUAUCCCUGUCGUGCUCGACUCAGGCACAACCCUGUCGUACCUGCCGACCGAUCUGGCGACGCAGGCUUGGAAAGAAGUCGGUGCCUUCUACUUGCCGGAAGUCGGGGCCGCCGUCCUUCCCUGCGACAUGGAGAACAGCAAAGGCUCCUUCUCUUUCGGCUUCGCCGGCCCGGACGGGCCCCGAAUCACCGUCGGCAUGGACGAGCUGGUUCUCGACAUGACCGAUGGUCAGGCCCCGCAAUUCUUGUCCGGUCCGUAUAAGGGCCGAGACGUGUGCCAAUUCGGCAUCCAGAACUUUACCUCGGCACCCUUCCUACUGGGCGACACCUUCCUGCGUUCGGCGUACGUGGUCUACGACCUAGUCAACAACCAGAUCGGCAUUGCCGCAACCGACUUCAACUCGACCGACAGCAACAUUGUGCCGUUUCCCAGCAUGGGCGCGCCCAUCCCGUCGGCGACGGUGGCAGCCAACCAGAGGGAGGUCACCCGGGUUCCUACCGUAACGGAGCCGGCGUACUCGGCCAGCCAGGGGUUUAUGGAGAGCGCCAGUGGGGAGGAAAGCCUCGCACCGGGCAUGCCUGCGGCUUGGGGGAUGGGCCAGCUGCUGGUCGUGGGCGUCACGAUGGCCUUGACCGCUCUUGGCUCGGGAUUGUUUUUCGUAUUGUGAGUUCGAUUUUCGAUUCACUACUGUCUGAAUCUGGGACAUAUAGACGGUCAUCCAUCUAAAUGUCUUGUAAUCUCUCUCUCUCUUUUUUCUUUUUUCUUUUUCAGAGGCAUAACUUGUUAGGUUGUGGGUGUCGAUGUCGAGAUCCUAUGGAGUACCAUUGUUACCGAUCUUGCAUAUUUGUAUGUACUGUACAGACGUAUAGACAAGCGAUUACAUGUAACCAAUAUCCUCAUGCCUGCCUAUGCAUCUUGAACAUCCUUUAGGGGUCCGAUGCCGAGCAAUACAACCUCACCAUCCCUGGUUGUCUCAGACCAGAUAGCAUACAGUACAAUGCACAAAGUAGGAG